CCAGCGAGGUCGGUUCCGCCCGACUUUAACAUGGCGGCGCCCUUUGUCUGCUCUGAAGUGCUGUCCCCGGCCUUCUCGCGGCCGUGAUGCACCUCCUUCUGUGGUGGGGCCCAGGACAUGGCAGGUAAUGAGCUGGAGGAGGAGAGCCAAGCUGGAGUUUCCCCAGACAAACUGUCGGAACAGAGUAGCCUGGGCUACUUGGAAAUCUGAGACAUGGAUUUUCCCCAGCACAGCCAGCACGUCUUGGAGCAGCUGAACCAGCAGCGACAACUGGGACUUUUGUGCGACUGCACUUUUGUGGUGGACGGCGUUGACUUUAAGGCUCAUAAAGCAGUGCUGGCAGCCUGCAGUGAAUACUUCAAGAUGCUCUUCGUGGACCAGAAGGAUGUGGUGCACCUGGACAUCAGUAACGCGGCAGGCCUGGGGCAGGUGCUGGAGUUUAUGUACACAGCCAAGCUGAGCCUGAGCUCUGAGAACGUGGACGAUGUGCUGGCUGUGGCCAGCUUCCUGCAGAUGCAGGACAUCAUCACGGCCUGUCAUGCCCUCAAGUCACUGGCUGAGCCGGCUGCCAGCCCUGGGGAGAAUGUGGAGGCCUCAGCCGCGGAAGUGGGUGACAAGAGAGCCAAAGAGGAGAAGGCUGCUGCCACUGUGCUGAGCGAGCUGGACCCGGCCAGGAGCAGUCCGCCCGCGGGCCCAAGCCGGGAGCCCAAGGAGGAGCGAGGUGGCCAGGCCGAGAGCACAGGCAGCGGUGCAGAGCAGACGGAGAAGGCAGAUGCUCCCCGGGAGCCUGUGGAGCUCAAGCCGGACCCCACGAGUGGCAUGGCUGCUGCUGAGGCCGAGGCUGCCUUGUCAGAGAGCUCAGAGCAAGAAAUGGAGGUGGAGCCGGCCAGGAAGGGAGAAGAGCGAGAGGAGGAGGAGGGCGCCGCGUCGGCGGUGGUCAAGGAAGAGGGGCCGCCACUGGAGAAAGGCGAGGCCCCGGAGGAGAGUGAGGAGUCAGCCAGCACGGACUCGGGUCAGGAGCUCGGCGCUGAGGCCCGAGGCCUGCGCUCAGGCACCUACGGCGACCGCACGGAGUCCAAGGCCUAUGGCUCGGUCAUCCACAAGUGCGAGGACUGUGGGAAGGAGUUCACGCACACCGGGAACUUCAAGCGGCACAUCCGCAUCCACACUGGUGAGAAGCCGUUCUCAUGCCGGGAGUGCAGCAAGGCCUUCUCCGACCCGGCCGCCUGCAAGGCCCACGAGAAGACGCACAGCCCGCUGAAGCCCUACGGCUGUGAGGAGUGUGGCAAGAGCUACCGGCUCAUCAGCCUGCUGAACCUGCACAAGAAGCGGCACUCGGGCGAAGCGCGCUACCGCUGCGAGGACUGUGGCAAGCUCUUCACCACGUCGGGCAACCUCAAGCGGCACCAGCUGGUGCACAGCGGCGAGAAGCCCUACCAGUGCGACUACUGCGGCCGCUCCUUCUCUGACCCCACCUCGAAGAUGCGCCACCUGGAGACGCACGACACAGACAAGGAGCACAAGUGCCCGCACUGCGACAAGAAGUUCAACCAGGUGGGGAAUCUGAAGGCCCACCUGAAGAUCCACAUCGCCGACGGGCCCCUCAAGUGCCGGGAGUGUGGAAAGCAGUUCACCACCUCAGGGAACCUGAAGCGGCACCUGCGGAUCCACAGCGGGGAGAAACCCUACGUGUGCGUCCACUGCCAGCGGCAGUUCGCUGACCCCGGCGCCCUGCAGCGGCACGUUCGCAUUCACACGGGUGAGAAGCCAUGCCAGUGCGUGAUGUGCGGCAAAGCCUUCACCCAGGCCAGCUCUCUAAUUGCCCAUGUGCGCCAGCACACCGGGGAGAAGCCCUACGUCUGUGAGCGCUGCGGCAAGAGAUUCGUCCAGUCCAGCCAGUUGGCCAAUCAUAUCCGCCACCAUGAUAAUAUCCGCCCCCACAAGUGUAGCGUGUGCAGCAAGGCCUUCGUGAAUGUGGGGGACCUGUCUAAGCACAUCAUUAUCCACACUGGAGAGAAGCCCUACCUGUGUGACAAGUGUGGUCGCGGUUUCAACCGGGUGGACAACCUUCGCUCCCAUGUGAAGACUGUGCACCAGGGCAAGGCCGGCAUCAAAAUCCUGGAGCCAGAGGAGGGUGGUGAGGUCAGUGUGGUCACUGUCGAUGACAUGGUCACGCUGGCCACCGAGGCACUGGCAGCAACGGCUGUCACACAGCUCACAGUGGUGCCAGUAGGGGCUGCAGUGACUGCCGAUGAGACUGAAGUCCUUAAAGCUGAGAUCAGCAAAGCUGUGAAGCAAGUGCAGGAAGAAGAUCCCAACACCCACAUCCUCUAUGCCUGUGAUUCCUGCGGGGAUAAGUUUCUGGACGCCAACAGCCUGGCCCAGCACGUGCGGAUCCACACGGCCCAGGCACUGGUCAUGUUCCAGACAGAUGCGGACUUCUACCAGCAGUAUGGGCCGGGCAGCACGUGGCCGGCCGGGCAGGUGCUGCAGGCCGGGGAGCUGGUUUUCCGUCCUCGGGACGGGGCCGAUGGGCAGCCUGCCCUGGCAGAGACACCCCCCACAGCCCCUGAAUGUCCACCGUCUGCUGAGUGAGCAGGCACCCCUCCUCCUAUUUAAGGAUGGAUGGCACCCUAGAACUGAGAAGGGUGACCCCAUUCCCUAGAGAGAAUAAAUUUGAUUAUUUUCUAA